AUUUCGCUACCACCACAUCAUACCAACUUUCUGAGUGCCGAUGUUUCUGAUUCUGCUGUUGUUCACAUAACCACAUAUUCGGUGUGAUGUUUCCCCAAUUCCUCCCAGAUCCCCCAGGUCUUCGGCGUGUAGCACGCUCGGGCCUCGCCCAGCAUCAACAUCAUGAGCACUACAAGUCUUUACGAACCAGAUGAAGAUGAAGAAGCUUCGGACUCGGAUGUUGACAGCAGAGCCCCGCGACAGGGAUUUCCGGCGUCUUCCCCGCCGCUGCAGGGGUUAAGGAUCGAGUCGUCAGAUGAAUCUGGAGGAGAGAAUCGCAAAACAAGACGGCGCUCGAGGUCUUCCAAAGGACUGCGAUACAACGCCCAUCGAAGUCGCCGGAGAGGGUUUACAAAAGAGGCCAUCGAAUCGUACCGUCAUAUGCUGACGGAUAUGAUCAAUGAUGUCUCCACAGGACCUAAGUUCGACGAAGGAGAAACACAUCAUCCGUCACAGAACGGAGCCGUUACCUGGUCCUCCAGCGAGAAAAAUGUCUUUUUCAACGUCCUUGCUAGAAAGGGAACGGAUGGUAUACGAGACAUUUCCAAUGCCAUUGGGACAAAAUCUGAGCUAGAGGUACUCGACUAUAUCAAGCUUCUCCAGGCCGGUCUCGAGCGCCAGCAUCUUCUUGAGCGUCACCCCCGGUCCAUUGUCCUGGGAGAUAUACCAGCCGCAGCGGAAGUUAGUCCGGAAUGCUGUGAAGCUCUAGAUGAAUUCGCUGAGAUUCUUGCCUUAGAGGAACAGGCCUCGGAAGACACUUCGGGGAGGAAAAAGCACCAUGAUAACUGGAUCAUCGAUCGCGAAAAGGCCGAGCAGAUAGAGCAGCAGCUAGAAACCCAGAAUUCCUCAGACAAUCAAGCCGAAUCGAGCAUAGCUCUCUCUGCUAGCUUACUCAACAUCAGCAAGUGGAUUAAGCUGUCUGAACGCUGCUUUAUGAAUUUUGGAGGGUCGCGCAUCGAAGACAACUGGGUAAACAUAGCCUACGCGGACGAAUCUCCCUCGCUCACCAGCGAUGCGUUUGCAGAUUUCUACGCCCUGGCAGUGAGCAUAACACGACGCCUGGUCCAGUCGUCUAUUUUCUUUGCCAUGUCCCGCAUCCGCGACGUAUCAUGGAGUAAUCGUGAAAUAUCUCGGGUCGUGAGACUCCGCGACGUCAGAGCGGCGCUAGACGUGCUGAACAUGAAGUCUGAUACAUUUGAUUUCUGGAUCGGAGCUGCGCGGAGAUGUAGCCUCGAAGUGGCAGAUAUACGACACCGUAAGGGCUGGACAACGUCCUACAUGAGUUAUGAUGAGGUCGAAAAUGCUCUAUCAGGAUCAGUAGCGUCUCGCGAAAGGAGCGUUUCUCGCCAUCCAUCUGAGAACCAGACACAAGAAAUCGACGCUAUGGAAGAAGAAGAUGAUGAUGAUGAAUCUUCUGCUGAGGAAAUGUCAGAAGCCCUGUCUUCCCCUGGGUCUGAGCCUCGUUCAGACGAGGACGAAGAAAUGGCACCUGAUCCCGAAACCCUCGAAGAUACCCACGCAGAGUAUCUCGACGAGCAGAUCAGCAAGACGGAGGAACUCCGUAUCUGGCAAUUGAUAGGACACCACGUCCCAUCUGGCCCCGAACCACCGAUCAAACUCGAAGACAGUGACCGAAUGCCAAAUGCCAAUCUCACCGGGCCUCGAAAACCGAUCGGAGAGCGCAAGAGAAAAGAAGAUCUAGUCGACUGGCGAGAUCGCGUACUCUAUCGAAGCGAAUGGGAGGAAUACGGCUACGAAAUAUUCGAAAUCGAAGACGAUCUCGAUCGAAACCGGAGGAAAAGACGACGCGUGGAAGACACGCGCGGGAGCAAAUCAAGUACAUUGCAAGUGCGCAAAUGGCGUGAAAACAUCGAUCACGAUAGCAGUGAUCAAAACGAGCGCAACACAGCAGGGAUGGGAGAUACCACCACAGACGCGCAUGAGGGCCACACCGACGAGAACGAAGACGAUCAGAGCACCGAUCUUAGUGACGGCGGUAUGGAAUUGGAUCCAGCAUCUGAAGCCAGCGCUCAUCAUAUUCUCGACGAGCAUGGCCAUGACCAUGACCAUGAACAUGAACGUAAACCUGAUAAAGAGGAUCGCGACGGGUCCCAAGGAAGUCAUCCACCAUCUAGUUCAGGUCAUGGACAACCAGUGCUCGAUCCUGAAGAAGGAGAAGAAGAAGAAGAGAUCCGUCCUCCUUUACAUUCUGGUUCACCCGGUUCUCACGAACUUGGUGAUUCUGAAUGAUAUCUCGACAUCCGGGAUGACCUUUCUCAUAUCUAUGUCAUCAUAUAGUGUGUACCAUAGUUACAUGUCAUGUUGUGG